AUGGCGCGCGUUUAUGCCGAUGUAAACGAGCAUAUGCCUCGAUCCUACUGGGAUUAUGACAGUGUCAACAUCUCUUGGGGCGUUUUGGAGAACUACGAAAUCGUUCGUAAGAUAGGCCGAGGAAAAUACUCCGAAGUAUUCGAAGGUAUCAACGUGGUCAACUAUCAGAAAUGUGUUAUCAAGGUCCUCAAGCCCGUCAAGAAGAAGAAGAUCAAGCGUGAGAUCAAGAUUCUUCAGAACCUUGCCGGAGGUCCGAACGUUGUCGCACUCCUGGAUGUAGUGCGUGAUAACCAGAGCAAAACCCCCAGUCUUGUGUUUGAGGCUGUCAAUAACACCGAUUUCCGCACCCUGUACCCCCGCUUCACGGAUUAUGACGUGCGUUUCUACGUUUUUGAGUUGUUGAAGGCGCUCGACUUCUGUCACAGUAAGGGUAUCAUGCACCGAGACGUGAAGCCCCACAACGUUAUGAUUGAUCACGAGAAGCGCAAGUUGCGCUUGAUUGAUUGGGGUCUCGCUGAGUUUUACCACAAGGGUACGGAAUACAACGUUCGUGUAGCCUCCCGCUACUUCAAGGGUCCUGAGCUGCUGGUCGAUUUCCAAGAGUACGAUUACUCCUUGGAUAUGUGGUCACUGGGUGCGAUGUUCGCCUCAAUGAUCUUCCGCAAGGAGCCCUUCUUCCACGGCAACAGCAACUCUGACCAAUUGGUCAAAAUCGCCAAGGUUCUUGGUACCGAGGAGCUUUUCGAGUACCUGGACAAAUAUGAUAUUGAGUUGGACCCGCAAUAUGAUGAGAUUCUCUCGCGCUUCCCUCGCAAGCCCUGGCACUCGUUUGUUACUGCUGAAAACCAGCGCUUUGUGAGCGACGAGGCGAUUGAUUUCCUCGACAAGCUCCUACGCUACGAUCAUGCUGAACGUCUGACUGCCCAAGAGGCUAUGGCACACCCGUACUUUGAGCCUGUUCGUGCUGACGCAGCACGAAACAACGCCGCUCAGUCCUGA